AUGGAGCAAGUUGAUGUUACUAUUGUUGGUGGCGGUCCUACUGGACUCUUUGUUGGUCUUCUCCUACAGCCAUUGGGUAUCUCCGUUCGCGUCCUAGAUGAGAAGCCCUGUAGUUUAGAGCUUGGUCGUGCUGAUGCACUCAAUGCUCGUACUCAGCAGUACUUUGAGGUGGCUGGCAUCCUCGAUGAGCUUUUGCCUGAUGGUCUCAAAUGCAACACGAGCUCUACUUUCAAAGCGGGCGAUUUCAAGUCCCGUCAGAACGCUUGGUGGGUUGGUAUCGAACAUGCCUUUCACAAGAACUUUCUCAUGAUCGGACAACCCGUCGUUGAACAAGUGAUGCGCGCCCGUCUAGGUGAUGCAGUUAGCUACAACGAGCACGUUAUCAGUAUCACCGAAGAUGGAGACUCUGUCACCGUCAUGACUAGUUCAGGACGAAAGGUGCGCAGCAAAUAUGCUGUUGGCGCUGACGGUGCAAGAUCUUUUGUCAGAAACACGCUGGGUAUUAGUUUCACUGGUACCAAACCUGAGAUGACCUGGGCAGUUCUUGAUACCUUCUUGGAUACUGAUUUUCCUGUUUGUCCUGAGAUUAUCACGUUUGAGCUUGAUGGGGAGUCUCGAGUUGCGUGGAUUCCAAGAGAGCGAGGAAUGUCUCGCUUUUAUGUUCUUCUAAAGGGCGAGAUUACGCAGCAGCUGGCUGAAGAGUCUAUCAAAGAACAUCUCUCUCCUUAUCGAGUAGAGUUUACAAAGACUGAAUGGUUCAGCACAUUCCAUGUUAAGGAACGACUCGCUGGAACAUUCAUCUCCAAGGAAGGCCACGGAAGAAUCAUCUUGGCCGGAGACGCUGCUCACGUUCAUUCCGUCAACGGCGGACAAGGCUUAAACACGGGCGUCUCCGAUGCCUUCGCCCUAGCCUGGCGUCUCUCAGCACUCGCACGCCCAUCCAACCUUACCACCAAAGCAAGAGACGAUAUUCUACGCAGCUACGACAUCGAGCGGAGAUCCACAGCCGCUCAAGUCAUCGGAGUAGCUGCAGCGCUAGUCAGGGACACCAUCCACACAGCCAAGAAAUACGUCUCCACAAUCGAACGAAAUGCCGGCUUCAUCACAGGCAUGGGUGUCAACUACAGCGAGUUCGCCACUCCGCUCAUCCAGGGUACGGAACUAGGUAUCUGGAAACCUGGAUAUCGCUGUCCCGAUGUGGUAAUGACUGGAUCUUCCGGUAAAACCUCGCGACUCUACGAAAAUGUCUCUUAUGGGGACUUCAUCGUCCUGGCUAUCGGAAGACGACUUGCGGCGAUUUCCGCCUCGGCUCCCGUUUAUACUAUCCUGCCCAAUGGGUCGACUAAUGGGGCCCUCGAAUGUCACCAAAACAGGGAUGGCGACAAGGACUUCACUGCUGAUUGGUGCAAGAACGAGGACUCGGCUAUUGUGAUUGUUCGGCCGGAUAUGUAUGUCGGAUAUGUUGGCACUUUCGGGGACGAGGCUUGGGAAGAAUACUUGGAUUCUUACUUUGUGAAGUCUCGAUAG